AUGGAGGCGUCGGAGCUGGCGGCGGUGGUCGGCAUGGUGGCGGAGUGCCUGGACGCGGAGGACUACGACGAGCACGAGGGCAUCACGGAGGAGUCCGUCGCCGAGCUCAUGAGCUGGUUUGAGCUCGAGAUCAAGCUCGCCGCCGGGGCCAACGCUCUGCCGCUGCCGCCGCCGACAGUGAGCGAGAGAAAGGAGAGCUGUGGGCCAUCGCUGUCGGGGCCGGCGUCCACGGUGAUGGCGUCCGUGGACGGGCGUGCGGGUGCGCCGCCGGCGCCACCCCUGGCGGAGCCGUGGCCUUGGACGUGGCCAGUUCCCGAGCCAGUGGCGGGAGAGGAGGAGGAGGAUGUCGAUGAUGAAUGGGUUUCGCAGCUCCUGACGGAUGGGCCGCCAGUCGAGGGGCAGCACGGUGGCCAGUAG